AUGCUCACCUAGUCCUCUUAUUUUGAGUAAUGAAAUGCAGCCCUUUUUUCAGGAAUGUAUGGACAAACUGAACCUCAGGAACUUGGUGUCUAUUUCAAUGGAUGGGCCCAAUGUGAAUUGGAAACUCUUCGACCUUUUCCAGAAAGAUCAAGCUGAGCAGUACGGAGGUCUUCAGCUCGUUUGUGUGGGGAGCUGUGGCCUACACACGCUACACAACUCCUUCAAGUGUGGGUUCACUGUAUGGCAGCUGGACAAAUUGCUGAGAGCAAUGCACACAUUGUUUCACAAUACGCCUGCCAAGAGAGAGGAUUACAUCACCGUAACCAAGUCCAGUGUGUUCCCUCUAUCUUUCUGUGCCCAUCGUUGGGUAGAAAACCUUCCGGUUGUGGAGAGAGCCCUGGCAGUCUGGCCAUCAUUUCUCCUGUACAUGGAAGCUGUGAAAACAAAGAGACUCCCGAACCCUGGAACAGCAUCAUAUGACACAGUUGCAGCAGCCAUAAAGGAUCCACUCGUCUUGGCCAAAUUGCAGUUCUACGCAGCAAUUGCCAGGACCUUCAAUUCCUUCCUGAAAAAAUAUCAGACGGAUGAGCCUGUGCUCCCAUUCCUCCCCAAGGACCUGACCGAGUUGAUGAUGAGUCUACUCAGACGCUUCAUAAAAGUACUACACGAUAUCACUGCCCUGCAGCUGACCAAACUGGAUGUCACAGACAAGACCAUCUGGCUCAGCCCACAAGGCAUCAGCAUUGGUCUAGGUGCAGAGUCAGUCCUUUAGGUAGUGUGAUGUUUUCAAAAGAUAAUUUUACAAAUGGUUAGGGUGAACCAGGUGUCAUUGAAGACAUGUUCUAUAUUCAUGGCUAAUUUCUCUCUCUAGAGAAUCAAAGGUGCAGAGCUCAGGGUGCUCGAGUUCAAUAGAGAGUGCAUGCAGGGACUGAGUAACAUGAUCAAGAAAGUGCAGGACAAGAGCCCCCUCAAGUAUCUGACUGUUAUGCAGAUGGUGUGCCUGGAUCCGUCAGUAAUGUAUAGAGAACCAGAAAGAGGCAGGAAUCACAUGAAAGGGCUGGUUCAAAGGUUUCUCCAGGACAAACAGCUUACUGAUACUUCUUCGGGGGAUGUCAUACUGCAGCAGUUUGACAGUCUCCUGUCCUUGGAGAGCCGGAGUGAGGACUUCCUCUCCUUUCAACCCAUGCAGAAGAGGCUGGACAUCUUCCUGAGCAGCGCCAUGGAGCCUUAUCCCGAGCUGUGGGCCUUCUGCAAGAAGCUGCUCAUCCUCUCCCACGGUCAAGCUACAGUUGAGCGUGGAUUCUCAAUCAAUAAAGAGGUGGAGUCUGAUAACUUGGCGGAGGAUACUGUGGUCACACGGAGACUGGUGUGUGACUACAUCAUACAACAUGGAGGUGUUACCAAGGUUCCACUCAGUAAACCGCUACUGGAAAGUGUAGCAAGGGCAAGGACAAGGUAUCGUACCCAUCUGGAGACCAAAAGAAGGAACAGGGAGGCAAAAGACCAGGCUCUCAAGAGGAGGGAAGCAGAGGACUGUCUUGAGGAGCUGAAGGUUAAGAGGAGACGUGUACAGGAGGUAUCUGAGGGUCUGGCUAGGGAUGCGGACAAGAUGGCUGAGGAGGCUGAAGCGAAGGCAGGGAGCAAGAUGGCUUGCCUGAUCACCAGGUCAAACAUCCUGCGGAGAGGCCAUAAGGAGAAGUUGGCAGAACUGGCUCUCCUUGAUAAAGAGAUCGCUGCUAAGAGUGCAGAACUUAGGAGUUGACUGUGUGAUCAUAAUUUUAUUUAUUGUUGAGUUGAUUUUCAUUGUUUAUUGUUCAGGAGUCUGUGCUGUUGGCGUAAGUACUCACCACUAUGCUGCAAUAUUCCAUCAUUCCAUAAUGCUUUACAGUCCACAUUUUCACAUUUGUUGAAAUAAAUGAACAAAUUUUGAACAAACGUUGUCGGUAGGUCUGUGAAAUAGGCCGUGAAAUAGGUAUUAAUUUUUAUAUAAGUGGUCUUAAAAGGGACUUAAAAAGACUUGAAUUUGACUUGAACAAAUCUGUAGGAACCCUGUAAUAAAAUAACCUCAAACA